AUGCGUUUCACCUCCUCCCUCCUCGCGAGCACCCUCGCCGUCGGCGCUUCCGCCUCGGGUAACUAUCUCGGCUUCAACUCGGGCGCCACCUUCGCCGACCGGAGUGCCAAGUUUAAGGCCGACUUCGAGGCCGAGUUCAAGACUGCUCAGAACCUCGCCGGCUCGCCCGGCACCUUCAACACGGUCCGGCUGUACACGAACAUCCAGGCCUACUCGCAGGAUGACCCCAUCGAGGCUUUCGAGGCCGCCAUCGACACCAAAACCUCCAUCCUUCUUGGUGUCUGGACCUCGGGCGUCGACAACAUCGACAAGGAGCUCAGCGCGCUGAAGAAGGCCGUCGCCAAGUACGGCGACAAGUUCAUCGACCUCGUCAUCGGCAUCUCCAUCGGCAGCGAGGACCUCUACCGCAACUCGGUCACCGGCGUCAAGAACAAGUCCGGCGUCGGCAACUCGCCCGAGGCCAUCGCCGGCUUCAUCUCCGACUUCAAGAAGACCUUUUCCGGCAACGCCCUCGGCAAGGUUCCCGUCGGCCACGUCGACACCUGGGAUGUCUGGGGCAAUGCCACCAACAAGGCCGUCCUCGACGCCGUCGACUGGGUCGGUGUUGACGAGUACCCCUACUACGAGAACGGCAAGGGCAACAACAUCAAGAACGCCGGCCACCUCUUCGACAAGGCUUACGAAGAGACCAAGAAGGCCGUCGGUGGCAAGCCCGUCUGGGUCACCGAGACCGGCUGGCCCUACACCGGCCCCGAUUGGGACGAGGCCGUGGCGAGCGUCGAGAAUGCCAAGUUCUACUGGGACGAGAUUGGCUGCCGCAAGCUCUUCAACAAGACUCCUACCUUCUGGUACACCCUGCGCGACUCCAACCCGGACAACAAGAUGAAGUUUGCCAUUACCGAUAACCUCUCGACCACGCCCCGCUUCAACCUCACCUGCCCUACCAAGUUCGUGACGGAUGACGAGGUCGACUCUUCGACUGCCACCGCUUCCCACACCGGCACCCAGACGCACGUGGCCGCUCCAACGGGCACUGGUGCCCACUCGAGCCCGAGCUCCAGCCCGAGCUCCGGCUCCGGUAGCUCCGGCUCCAGCAGCUCCGGCUCCGGCAGCUCCGGCUCCAGCUCCGGCUCCGGCUCCGGCUCCGGCUCCAACCCUGGCUCCAGUGGCUCCAACUCUGGCUCCAACGCCGGUUCGGGCUCCUCGACUACCACCAGCGGCGCUUCGAUGCAAAAGGUAACCAGCGUCACCCUUGUCGGCGUCGCGCUCUUUGCCGGCGUCCUAGCCCUGUUCUAA